GCGGGGUGGAGCCAGACGCUCGGGGGAGAGAAGCUGCCGCCUCCGCUUUUCCACAAGGAGCGCCUUUGACUGCCCGAGCAAGGCGCUCUCCUCCCUGCCGCCGCCGCUGAAAGGAUAGGCAAACGCUGCGCAGGGAAGGAGGGGAAGACGAGGGAGAAGGCGAAAGAGGCGCGAAGCGGCAUCUUCAGGCAAAGCGGCCCAUUCCCGGCGCGGGAUGCUGCGGUUGCCGGACGCCGCUCCUGCGGCUCGCAGGGGCGCUCGGCUGCCCGCCGCCGUUGGGCUCACUUUGUGCCUCCUCUGGGCAACUUCGUGGGCCGAAGCUGCUGGGCCCACAUACCUGUUAGCAGCUGUUAAGAGCAUCAGGCCUGGAGCAAAUUUGACUAUUGGAGUAGCUAUGCUGAAAAAGAGCCCACAAAAGGUUACAGUAAAAGCCGAAGUGGUCUAUGCAAAUAACACUGUACUACGUGGGGAAGCUGUCUUUAAAAGAGAUUCGGUUGGUACACUUGUCCUUCCAGCUCUCCCCUUGGGCAGUACUCCUGGUGAUUAUGAUUUACUAGUCAAAGGAUAUUCAGAAGGUCGUCUGCUAUUUUCUAACCACACUGUCCUUGAAUUUGAGCACAAGAGCUUAUCGGUAUUCAUCCAAACUGACAAGACUAUGUAUAAACCAGGCCAAGAUGUGAAAAUACGGGUUGUUACUCUGUAUCCUGACCUCAAGCCGUACAAUACUCCUAUGAAUAUAUAUAUUCAUGAUCCUCGACACAAUUUGAUUCAACAGUGGUUGUCGCAGAAUGGAAAACUAGGCAAAAUUGCCAAGCAGUUUAAAAUAUCCAAAUAUCCUGUCCUGGGUGACUGGUCCAUAAAAGUUCAAGUAAAAGAUCAGACACAUUAUCAGACAUUUACGGUGAUGGAAUAUGUGCUACCAAAGUUUGAAGUCUUUCUAGCAACACCUCUGUUUUAUUCUCAGAAAGACAUGAAUUUCACUGGUACUGUCACAGCAAAGUACACAUAUGGAAAACCUGUGCAAGGAAAAGUAACUGUUGAUUGUUCCCAGUUCUAUGGAAGGAAGAAAAAUAUCACUAAGACAUUUGAGAUUAAUGGAUCUGUGAACUUUACAUUUGACAUUCUAGAGGUGGAAAAUAUAACUUACAACAAUUGGGGUUAUUCUGCGCAUCACCAGAUGCCGGUGGAAAUUACAGCUGUGGUUACAGAAGCACUUACAGGAAUCUCCCAAAAUGCAAGUGCUACUGUAUUUCCAAAGCAUCAUGACUACAUAUUAGAAUUUUCUGAGUAUCCAGCAGUUCUCAAACCUAGUCUGAACUUCAUAGCUACGCUGAAAGUAACAAAAAUUGACAACAGUCUGCUGUCGCCUGAUGAGCGAAGGAAUGACAUUGUGAUCACUGCCACAUCCAUAGGGAAUCCUGCUUACUACCCAUAUGGUGAUGGGGGUGAAUCACAGGCAAAUGAGGCAUCUCAGAACCUAAUCUACCAUGUGCCAGAAAAUGGGAUUAUUGAGAUUGAGUUUCCGGUUCAAGUUAAUACAACAACGCUGCAUGUUAAGGCCAAAUUUCUAGAGAGCGAAACUUCUAUAAUCAUAUAUGGUACAUUCUACUCUACCACCAUGACUUUUCUCCAGAUUAAAAAAGCAAGUCAGGAUGUAAAGGUUGGAACUCCAUUUGAGCUGAAUCUUCAAAGCAACAAGCCGAUGAAAGAGAUCAGUUAUAUGGUGGUAUCUAAAGAACAAAUUGUGGCUGCGGGUAAAGUAAACGUUGCAGAAUUCUUUUUAACACCAGAGCAUUCUUGGGCUCCUACAGCAUGCAUAAUUGCCUACUAUGUGAGUGACGAUGGUGAAGUAAUUAGUGAUGAUCUCUGCAUUCCUGUUCAACUUGUCUUUAAAAAUCAGAUCAAUAUGUAUUGGAAUAAAAAUAGAGCUGGGCCUUCUGAGGAAGUCACUCUCAAGAUUAAUGUGACGGAACCAAAAACAACCAUUGGUCUUCUGGUUGUUGACAAAAGCACAAAGCUCCUGGGGAAAAGAAGUGAUAUCACAGAGGAUGCUAUUCAUCAUGAGCUAAGUUUAUAUAAUAGAGGACUUGAUUAUGGUGCAGCCAGAAGUUCAUAUGGUGUCUUUCAGAAUUGCAAACUCUGGGUAUUGACUGACGCCAGCCUUCCAGAAGAUGAAAACUAUGAAGGCUUUAUGGAUUAUAGCUCAGCUUUAGAAUUUCAGCAUCAUCUGGAGCCCCCAAGAGAGUCUGUUGGUUUUGAAAAUCCCCAUAUAAGGACAAAUUUCCCAGAGACAUGGAUUUGGCGUGAAAUCACAACAAGAUCGACUGAAACAACACUGAAUGUCACUGUUCCUGAUACCAUUAGUACCUGGGUAGCUAGCGCGUUUAUAAUAUCUGAAAACCUUGGACUGGGUGUGAUGAAAACGCCUAUUGAGUUAGAAGUCUUCCAGCCCUUUUUUGUUUCCUUAAACCUUCCUCCUAGUGUUACAAGAGGAGAAGAGAUUGUUUUGGAAGUAAACCUCUUUAAUUAUUUGAAAGAAGGCACUGAGGUUACGGUGACCCUUGAUACAAGUGACACCUUUGAAAUCCUUAUUGUUUCUAAUGAUAUAAAUGCCAUGGGAAACCAGCGAUCAGUAUGGGUACCAAGUGAAGCUGCAAAGACUGUUAUUUUUCCGAUCAAGCCAAAGCAAAUUGGAGAGAUUCCCAUCAGAGUGACGGCCAUAUCUCCCAUUGCUUCUGAUGCUCUUUUACAGAAAGUAUUAGUGAAGGCUGAGGGAUUAGAACAGUCUCACUCAGAGACAGUUCUUUUGGACCUGUCCAAAAGAAUAGGAUUUGAAACAAAAAGACUGAACUUCACUUUUCCCUCUGAUGUAGUACCUGGCAGCGAAAGAGUGCAAGUCACAGUUAUUGGAGACAUCCUCGGCCCCUCUAUUAGCGGUUUGGAGUCACUGAUCAAGAUGCCUUAUGGCUGUGGGGAACAGAAUAUGAUCAAUUUUGCACCCAAUAUUUAUGUUCUGGACUAUUUGGCCAAAGCAGGAGACCUGAAGCCCAGACUUAAAUCCAAAGCUAUGUCAUAUAUGAGAGAAGGAUACCAAAGAGAGCUUCUGUAUCAAAGAGAUGAUGGUUCUUUCAGUGCUUUUGGAAACAAAGACAACUCUGGCAGCACGUGGCUAUCGGCUUUUGUGUUAAGGAGUUUUAUUCAAGCUCAGCCGUUCAUAGAUAUUGAUUCAUCUAUCCUGGAGACAACAGCUGCUUGGAUUGUUAGACAUCAGAAGCACAAUGGGGAAUUCCAGGAGCCUGGGAGAGUGCUGCAUACUGAACUGCAAGGAGGAACUAACAGCUCUGUCUCUCUUACUGCUUAUAUUAUGACUGCACUAUUAGAGUACCAAACAGAUAAGUAUGAUUAUGCUAUAAGAAAAGCACUGGACUUUCUGGAAUUUAAAUUAAGUGAAGGCAUAUCAGAUAAUCAUACGCUUGCCCUUGUGACUUAUGCUUUAUCGCUGGCAAAGAGUGCGGAAGCAAAGCGAGCUCUGGACCUACUGAAUGAGAGAUCAGAACAUCAAGAAGAACUCAGAUUCUGGAUAUCACAAGCUUCUCAACUGUCUGAUUCCUGGCAGCCUCAGUCUGUAGAUAUUGAGGUUGCAGGCUAUGCUGUUUUGUCUCAUGCUAAACAACAGAGAUUAUUAGAGGGGAUCCCGAUUAUGAAGUGGUUAAGCCAGCAAAGAAACCACCUGGGAGGCUAUUCUUCUACACAGGACACUAUAGUGGCCCUGCAGGCUUUGAGUGCCUGUGCAAUGCUUACUACUGGCAUUGAAACAGAAAUGGAUGUAACAGUCAGUCCAUCUAGUGAAAACGAUCCAGUUGUGUUCAGAAUUAAUAAUGAAAACCGCUUACUUCUCAAGACCAAAGAGGUUGCAGCUACACAGCCAGUGGGAGUUACAGUUUUUGCAAGCGGCCGUGGCUUGGGACUCUUCCAGCUCAAUAUUAUGUACAAUGUGAAAAAUUCACAUACCAGUAGGCGGCGUAGAUCUGCACAAAGUCAGGAAGCCUUUGAUUUGGAUGUUGUCGUAAAGGAUGACAAAAACGAUAUAAAUCAUUUAACGCUGAACGUUUGCACCAGGUAUUUGGGUGUUGGCUCAUCUUCAAGGAGUGGCAUGGCCCUCAUAGAGGUUGGAUUACUGAGCGGCUUCUCUCUGUCACCCAGUUUUGUGUCAUUAGAUGAUCCAGUUAAGAAAGUGGAGAAGGCGGAAGGCAAAGUCCAUUUAUAUUUGGACUCCUUAAAUGAAACACAGGUUUGUGUAGACAUUCCAGCUGUGAGAGACUUCAAAGUGGCAAAUACCCAGGAUGCCUCUGUGACUGUGGUGGAUUAUUAUGAACCCAGGAGAAGAGCAGUGAGAAGCUACAACUCCGAAGUGAUGCAGAGUUUGUCACCAUGCACCUUCUGUGAAAAGGAUGAAUGUGAUCUUUGUUUAGCGGAUGGCUCUUCAUUAAUUUACCUCUCUUGUGAACUGUUAAUAGUACAUGUAAGCCUGUUGUAUAGUUGGUUGCUCUAAUGUGGGCAUCUUACCCAUGUUGCACUUCUAAGAGUAUUAUUGAUCUCGCCAUCCUACACAAGGGAAAUCAGGAUGGGGAAGUUCCUCACUUCCACUCAUUGGAGGCAGAGACCUGAUAGGAAAAGGGGAUGAGUUCUAAUUUGGAGAACUGAGAUUGGGCCCUGUGACAGCUAUCAGUUUAUUUUAUUUUAUUUUUAAAAACACACUGAUAGGUCUAGAACUCUUGCAGGAACUUGCCAUCUCCAAAUGAUUAUCAGGAAGAGCCAGACUUCUCCCCAGAGAGUCUGUCUGAAAUGAUUAUUCCAGGUCAGAGCCAAAUGUUCUCCUGCACCCAUUAAAGUUCAGGGAUUAACUGCAUAUUCCUAUCAAUGUAAACUUAGAAAUAAUUCCCAUUGAGUUCAAUGGGGGUUACUUCUAGGUAAGUUUGUAUAGUAUUGCAGUCCAGACUUCUGUAUCCAGAGACAGAAGGAUCAAAUAUAAGUGCUAAAUUUCUGGAUGUGGCUCAGUAACAUUAAGAACUUAAAACAUGUAAACGUUAAUGUUCAUUUUCUAAAUAAAUAUUUAAAUGAGAUCAGAUUUAUUUGGAGGAAAAAAAUUGGGAGUAUAUAGUUCUUUAUUUGUACAUUAAAAAUAAGAUGUGUUUUUUUUAAAAAAAAGUUUUAGAAAAUAUAUCAUUAUCUAAAGCCUCACAUUCCUUUUAGUUCAGCUUUUGCCAACCUGGUGCCCUCCAGAUGUUGUGGAUUACAAUUCCCAUCAGAUCCAGACGGCACAGGCAUGCUGGCUAGGACUAGUAGGAGUUGUGGUCCAAAACAUCUGGAAAGCACUGGAUUGACAAAAACAGUUUAGAUUAUGACACAUUUUAUUCUAACAUUUAAUUUGCAAGUAUUGCUGACUUUAAUGGCACAGGGUCAAGUCCUAGCUACAGAUGCAAGAGCCCUAUUCUCUUUAGCACCUUUUAAACAGUUGCGUAGAAGGGAGAAUUUCCAGCAGAUAGGGGGCACAACAAGCUAGGCUUGCCGAAAUCCCCUCUUCUACACAAUACUGAAUAACGGCACAAACAAAGCAAACUGAGGUGGUUUCUAAACAGCUACAUUCAUGCAGUCACAAAAUGAAAAAUGCUAAAUUUUAUUCAAGACAACUUGUACCAGAAAAAAGGUAUCUGGUUAUUGCUAUUAUUAUUAUUAUUAUUAAAUGCAAGUGUGUGAAAAGCAGGCAUCUUAAAGUUGAAGGCAUCUGUUUUUCUCAUGCACCUCGGUCUGAAAUGUGAUGUUGAGUUUACAGUAGAAAAUAAAUUACUUGCCUUAUUUCUUGCUGGGCAGUAAAACAGGAGCUGAAUUGGCUGCCUCCCAACUUAAGACAGCAUGAAGCAUCAGCUUACCCACACAGUGCCAUGGGGAAGAGGCAUUAGGAACUGUUGAAUUGCAUGGUGGGCUCUUCUGGCCCAUAGGAAUUUGAAUACCUCAGUGGUAGGAAUGCUACCAUAGUUUUUAAAGCAACAGUAACAGAACCCCCCUGAAAAACGCCUUGCAAAGCAAGAGAAGAUCCUCAGAAAGGAAGGAAACAUGGUAUAGGCUAAGAUGGAGCCUAGAGUAGGCCUUUUUUCACUCAAGGUCAGGGUGGACAAGAAAAGCCAGAUGAGAGGUUAAAAGUAGCAGUGUUCUUCAUAAUCUGGCUCUUAUCUAAACUGCAAUCAUUGCUAUUUGCAAAAAGGUAUAGGACAAACUACAACUAGUACAUAGUCCUAGAUGAAUAUCACCAAUAUUCACAAUUUUGCAAAAAUUCAAAUUUUUGCCCAGUUUCCAGAGUGAAAUUGAGUUUGAAAUUUGAAUUUACAUUUACAUUUUGAAUGUUAAAUCUUACCUCAACACUUAAGUGCUCUAGUCUUGUUGGCAUAUACUGGUUGUUUUGACUUUGGCAGCCAUCAACUAUGAAAUCUGAUAAGUUGUAAACUAUAUAAUACUCAAUACCAUUGCAUGUCAUUUAUAAAAUGUCAAAUAUAUUGCACACCAACUAUCAAAAAUUCUUAGAUAGCAUUUGCCAACAAAAUAACUAGCAUUCAAAUUAUAUUUUGUGACAAAUAAUCCUAUGCAUAUUUACAUGGAAGCAAGUGUCAUUGAGUUCAUUGGGGCAUGUUUCCAGGUAAAUGCAUAGGGUUGCAGCCUUAAAAACCUUUUUAUUUGAGCGAGACAGGUAAGCGCAUGUUUUAAGAAGUGUUUAAGUCUUUGUUCAUUUGAAAGGGAGAGCUUUAAACAGAUGCUUAACUUUGGCUGAUUGCUAAUUGUUAAUGCUGCCGUUUCUCUUUCAUUUAGAUAACUAAUUCUUAUUCCCUACGCAUGUAUGUUUUGUCCAAACUUUGCAAUGUCUUGAUUAUAUAUUUUUCUACUAUGCAAUGAUGUAUACAUUUUAAGAUUCUUAGUUUGUGGUAUCGCUGCAGUUUUCUUUGCUGGGAUUUCUAAAAUAUUUUACUGACUUUUCAAGUGAAAAUGCAAAACAACCAUAUGGUGUUAAAUUUCUGGCUGGGCCAUCUUAUAUAGCCUACCUGUACUUUCCACUGAAUCUAGAAGUCAUUGCAAUUACUUCAUUAAAUGGCAACAUUUUUCUGUUUUGGAUUAGAUGGUUCUCGAUUUACUAAUGGACAGUAGCGGGUGAGGUUUCAAUAAUCCAGCAAAAGCAAUGUUUGUAUUGAAGCAAGGUCACAAAUUUGGGGACAAUUUGUCAAUCUGGCAAAGGCAAUGUAUGCAUGGGAACAAGCUUCUGUGUUUCAUCUUUUGCUACUGUGAGCCCAGCAUUCAGAACUGUGUGUGCGGAUUUUGGAUUCAGAAUUUGGUUCUGCCAAAUAGCCAGGCAGUAUUAUCACUGUGUUGAAAAGAAAAAUCAUAUAAAGUUUUCAAAUACAAA